GGUAGGGGGAGCGACGAGCUCUGGGAUGGAUUAAGCGGCCUGUGCUUGAGCAGUAGCAGUGUGUGGGCAGGUCCCGGGCAGUACAGACAGCUGUUUCCCAGCUCGCGGUUGCUCCCAGCCUGGCACAAGAUGGAUUUCAGUGUGAAGAAGUUGGCGUCAGACGCAGGGGUGUUCUUCAGCCGGGCGGUGCAGUUCACACAAGAGAACCUGGGCCAGGCAGAGAAGACUGAGCUGGACGCACAUUUUGAGAACCUCUUGACCAGAGCCGACAACACUAAGAACUGGACUGAGAAGAUCCUACAUCAGACAGAGGUGCUCCUGCAGCCCAGUCCUAGUGCUCGAGUAGAAGAGUUCUUGUAUGAGAAGCUAGACAGGAAGGCACCUUCCCGGGUCACCACUGCAGAACUCUUGGGUCAAUACAUGACUGAAGCAGCCAAUGACUUUGGACCAAGUACACCGUAUGGACAAACGCUCAUCAAAGUCGGAGAGACCCAGAAACAUUUAGGGGCCGCAGAGCGAGACUUCAUCCACUCGUCCUCUAUCAAUUUCCUCACCCCGCUGCGGAAUUUCCUGGAGGGAGACUGGAAAACCAUUGCUAAGGAGAGAAGAAUCCUGCAGAACCGUCGUCUAGAUCUGGACGCCUGCAAAGCGCGACUGAAGAAGUCCAAGGCAGCAGAGGCCAAAGCAGCGGCUUUGCCUGAUUUUCAGGAGACCCGACCUCGUAAUUACAUACUGUCGGCCAGUGCAUCAGCGCUUUGGAGUGACGAGGUAGACAAGGCAGAGCAUGAGCUGAGAGUGGCCCAAACAGAGUUCGACCGGCAGGCGGAAGUCACCAGGCUGCUCUUGGAAGGCAUCAGCAGCACCCACGUGAACCAUCUGCGCUGCCUCCAUGAAUUUGCAGAGGCCCAGGCCACUUACUUUGCUCAGUCCUACCAGUACAUGUUGGAUCUGCAGAAACAGCUUGGCAGUUCCAGGGCAGAAUUGUUUCCAGUGGGUAACACAGAUCCCGCCUCUCAACCGCUCAGCUCCUCCCCCCCACCCGCCACUCUUCCUGUCCUCCAAGUGGCCAGUUCCAACCCUGGGGAGGUGCCUCUGAACCCAGUGGAAGUCACGCCCCCUGUGAGCGGCACACGGAAAGCGCGAGUGCUGUAUGAUUAUGAAGCGGCCGAUAUCACGGAGCUUGCUCUUUUUGCAGACGAGCUUAUCACAGUUUACAGUCUCCCUGGCAUGGACCCCGACUGGCUUGUAGGUGAACGGGGAAACAAGAAGGGCAAAGUUCCGGUCACUUACCUGGAGCUCCUCAGCUAAAGGCCUGUCUAAAGGGCACACUAAUCCUCUUAAAAGCCAAUAGCCCCAGAGGGCUGACUCAUUGCCCAGCGUCUGCUGCUUCUGGUCCUCCUUCAUCUGUCUCAGAAGGAAGAUGCCCACUCCAUGUGUCCCCUGUCUCACUCCUACUGGCCGACCUCUUCAUUGGCCUCUCCCUCACUGUUUGACUUCCCCCCCCAGUGGUUCUGAUAAUUUCAGUACUGAAGUCCAUGGAUUUUUACUGUACAUAAUAAUCCUCCCCCAAAACCCAACGAUGGGUCUGUAUAAAGCAACAUUUUUGUGAACAUUCCCAGAUCCGUAUUGUAAAGAUGUUAAAGUCGAGGCAGAACUGACUCUAUGGGGAUUUGCCUGAGCUUUGCUGGGCGGGGGUCUCACCCCAGGGAACCCACACAGCUCAUACAGAUUUACUUAUAUGGAGUUGUGCCGACUAUUGGAGCCUAUAUAGAUUUAUACUCGAUUUCUAAUAUAGUGGCGACUUUUACUUCCCAUAUGCCCUAAGGCUCUGUACCCCCUUCACAUACGUUUUAGAUGUUUUUGUACAAAUAAUUUCAGUGGGCUCCAUCACUGAUAGGGGUACAUUGUGACCUAUAUAUGCAAUGCAUUGCAACUGUGGCAAGUGUGUUAGAUUUAGAGAAGCUCAUAUCUCAAUAUUGCCCAUUAGAUUCUGAAGCAGCAGCAGCUCCUACAGAGGUUGGUACUACAACACCCAGAAUCCCACCAUAGCCAUUUUAAGGACGGUGCAAGAGGUAAUGCCAUAUUGCAGGGAUAGGCAGCUGCAGUGUUAGCAGGGGAUGCUUGGAGUAAUAUCCUUUCUCUGCCUCGUGCCACAGGAUUCUGCAAUGCCUCCAUGACCCACAGGCCCAUGUGUUGCUAUCACCACUGCCUCCCAUCAUUAAGUAUAAGGUUACUUUCUCCCCUGUGUGUGUGUUAUUUAUUGCCUGUCAGCAUUACUGUCUGUGUUUGAAUAGCUGUUAAUAAACGGAAGUCAUUCCUGCCA